ACAGUGGUCCGCUUGGCUUUUCUUCUCUCUUUUUCCCUUUGCAUGCACAAUCUUUCGCGCCCUUUUGCCUACUCCUAUUUUGUCCACUCUCUCUCUCUCUCUCUCUCUCUCUACCUCUGCAACUUUCGGCCAUUGUUACCCUUUCCACUCUUUUCUCUCUUUCUUUUGUUUUCUCUGGGUUUACGUUUUCAACAAUCUUUGAUGGGUUUUUGUUUUUCUUGCUGUAAAUGUCAAUGUUCUUAGUUUUGUUUGCUUUAUUUGCUCUGUGUUUGCUUAAAAAAAGUCACUGACUUUUGCGCCUUUUUGUCUCUCUCUUUUUUUUUUUUGGUUUUUCUUUUCUGGGUUUUUAUUUUUGUAGAAGAAAGUUUGGGUCUUUGUUAUUGUUAGAUAUGGACCCUCUUUUGCCGGUAGCGAGGAGAACGAGACAGAGUCAUGAUAUAUUUUACAGACAGCUUUUUCGGAAGAGAAAGGAGGAGGAGAUGAGGAAGAAAGAGAAGGAGAAGGAGACGAAUAAUGUUUGUGACUCGGAGUCGGGUUGUUCAAGGACAGAGGAGAAAAUGGUGGGGAAGAGAAAAAGGGGUGAUGGGUCUGAGAAAUUGGAGUCUGAUUCUGUGAAGGACUAUGAGUCAACAGCUAGUGUAGAUGAUGUAAAAAAUUCUCAUAUGGCUUUCAAGAAUAGAGCAGAGGAGUGGGAUAUAAUCGAUGUAGAUGAUAGUGAUGAUGGAAUGGUUUCUGUGAAUGAUUCAGAUUCAGAUUCGGGUUCUAAGAGUUUGGAGGGAAAAAAAGAAGGGGAUAUUUGUGAGCCCCAACGAACUGCCUCACAGUUUAAUGUGACAAGUGGAAAGGAAAAAAUGGAACCUGGGUCCGCUAGUCACCCUUUUUGCAUUGAUGAUGAUGAUGAUGAUGAUGAUGGUGGUGGUGGUGGUGGUGUGCUGGAACCUUCUUCAUCUGAUAGCGAAGAUGUUGAAUCGUCAUCAACUGAGAACAAUGAUGAUGAGGAUAGUGAUUCAGAAUAUGACCAGAAAUCUUCACCAACUGAGGAUGAUGAUGAUGAUGAUAAUACUAGUGAAGAUGAUGAUUAUACUAGUGAUGACGAGGAUACCAGUGAUGAUGAUUUCAAUGUAAAGAAGACUAGCCAUCAUAGAAAGAAAGCUCGGUCGAAUGAUAAAAUAGUUGAUGUUGAUACUGAUGAGAAUGGCCAUCGGUUAGUUAGGAAAACUGGGUUUGAUAGAGAGAAAUGUGUAUAUGACCCUAGGAAAAAAAUGGAAUAUGUGAAGAAAGGUUUUGAUGAUGAGCUGGAUGAUUGUAGGAAACAUAAGGACUAUGAGAAGAAAUGUUUGGAUGAUGAUGAUGAGCUGGAAUUGGAAAAGCCCAAAAAGAAAAAGGAAAUCGGUGUGAAUGUGAAAAAAAAUUAUAAUGCUUCUAAGAUUCUCAUGGAUUCCAUUCUUGAGAGAGGGGAAGUGAAUCUGGAAGAGUUACUUUCUUCUAGAAAUAAAGACCCCCAAGCCGAAACAAAUCCAUCUGGUGAUGAAACAGUGCUUCCCCUCAAAUUCACUUUUGGAGUCGAGGAGCCAAAGCCACCAGAGAUUUCAGAUUUUGAUAGAGAAUUGGAGAGGCUUUGGGCUGAGUAUGCUUUUGCGUUGAGAUCUUGUGAGAUUGGUUCCGGCCAGCAGGUUGAAAAUGAAGAUUUCCUACCUCCAGAGAAAGAAGUUGAUAUAGCUUUCCUUUGCAGUCGAGGGAAACAUCAGCUUGUUCUUGAUGAAGAAAUUGGACUUCGAUGUACAUAUUGCUCAUUUGUUGAACUGGAGAUCAAGUACUGUGUACCCGAAUUUUGCAAAAAUCCGUGGGGAAGAUCAGAUGCAAGAGAGCUUGGCAAAUCUGACAACUCCAGCUUUUUUGAGUUUCAGAAAGAAUUUGGUUGUGAUUCCCAUUUUGACUGUGGUUUCUACGAUCAUGCUGAUGGCACAGUUUGGGAUCUAAUUCCUGGUACCAGGAGUAGCAUGUUUCCACAUCAGCGUGAAGGCUUUGAGUUCAUCUGGAAUAAAAUUGCCGGAUCAAUUGAUCUUGAAACGUUGAAAAAAGGUACAGGCUCUGAUGGUGGGAGUGGCUGCAUCAUUUCUCAUGCUCCUGGGACAGGAAAGACUCGUUUGACGAUUAUCUUUCUCCAGACGUACAUGAAAUUAUACCCGAAUUGCAAGCCAAUGAUUAUUGCUCCUCCCAGCAUGCUCCUGACAUGGGAAGAGGAGUUUCAAAAGUGGAAUGUCGACAUUCCAAUUCACAAUCUUAGCAAGGCUGAAUUGUCAGGAAUGGAAAAUGAUUUGGCUGUCAGUCUGCUUUUCAAGAAAAAGAAGCAUGUCAAUCGAGAAAGGGAUGUAGAUGUAAAUGGAAUCCGCUGGGCGAAGUUGUAUUCCUGGUGCAAAAAAGGUGGCAUCCUGGGCAUCAGUUACCCUCUGUUUGAGCAAUUGGCAGGAAAAAGGAACAAACCUGAUGGUAAAAAGGGCUGGAAAAAAUGCAAAGAUGCUGAGGAUGAGAGAGCCAGGAAACGGAAAACUGCCGAAUGUGAAGAGUUCAGCAAAGUCCUUCUUGAAUAUCCUGGUCUGGUAGUAUUUGAUGAAGGGCAUACCCCUCGCAAUGAGGAUAGCCUUAUCUGGAAGGCAGUUUCGGAAAUCCAAACGAAGAAGCGGAUUCUUCUCUCAGGAACUCCUUUCCAGAAUAAUUUUAAUGAGCUGUUCAACACUCUGUGCUUGGUGCAGCCAGAUUUUGAAAAGAAGCUUGAAGAUGCAUGUAAAGAAGAUUCUGAUAGGAAGUAUGCAGGGAAAAGGAAAAAUCGUGCAAAAUUGCUUUGGUCCAGAUUCACCAGUUCCAUUGGUAAAGGUGAAGAUGAAAUGGAAGAUGCCAACCUAAAAACUCUUAGGGUUAUUAUUGACCGUUUAGCUCAUGUACACAAUGGUAACAUAUUGCAAGAGCAUCUUCCUGGGUUGAGGAGUGUAUUGGUGAAAUUAAAGCCGGCUCCAUUGCAGGAGCGUGUCAUUGAGGACAUUCAAAGGAGCACAAAUUACUUCAGAAGGCAAUACGAGGAGACUUUAGCCUCUAUCCAUCCUUCACUGUUGCUUACAAGAGUAGGAGAACUUUCUGUAAGCGAGGAUGAUUUGAAAAGAGAUAAAAUGAAUCCUCAUGCUGGAGUGAAAACCAAAUUUCUAAUAGAACUCAUACAGCUUAGUGAGGCUUUAAAUGAGAAAGUGCUGGUUUUCAGUCAGUUUCUUGAUCCAUUGAACUUCAUUAAGGACCUGCUUAGAUCCUAUCUCAACUGGCACGAGGACAGGGAAGUUAUGUGUUUAGAUGGAAAUUGCGACAUCAAGCAGCGACACUCCUCCUUAAAAGUUUUCAACGAUCCAUCUAGUGAAGCAAAGGUUUUACUUGCAUCGACCAAAGCCUGUGGAGAAGGGAUUAAUCUAGUUGGUGCAUCAAGGGUUGUGUUGCUGGAUGUUGAAUGGAACCCAUCUGUUGAGCGUCAAGCUAUAUGCCGUGCAUUCAGAGUUGGGCAGAAAAAAUUUGUAUACACAUACCAUCUCAUCACAUCAGGGUCAAAUGAAGAGGAGAAAAAUAGAAGGCAAGCUGAGAAGGACAGGCAGUCGAAGUUGAUAUUUUGUACUUCAGACAAGGCCAAUGAGCAGCAGAAAGUCCAAGCUACAGCUUGCGAGGAUAAAAUUCUUGAAGAGAUGGUUCGACAUGAAAAACUUAGGAGCAUGUUUGUGGAGUUGGCACAGCAAAAGUCUAAUCUGAUGGAGGACAAGGAAAGUUCACCCUCAACAUCUUAGCUAUGCAAGCAUCGUGGUAUCAGUAAAGCUAAACAGUGUUCAUACAUAUCCAUGGUUGAAAUUUGUAUAUAGUUUGUAGACGGUUAAUAUGGUUCACUUUUUUGAAGUUGAAACUCUAAUCUGAGCUAGGAUGGAAAAUUCUGGGAUUCAGGUGAUAUGAUCCCGUGUUUAGUCUUUUCGUUUUUGGAUUUUUGGAUUGACAGAGUGCAUAGAAGGUGAUGACCAUACAGUGAUAUAUCCAACUUGAUGGCUGACAUAAUAAUCAAACUGUACCUUCCAAGUUGGGAUCAUAGCUAAACAGUUCUAGUUGCUAAAAUAGAAGAUGUACAUGUAUAUAUAAAUCACUUUUGAUCUA